AUUUAACUAGUGGGAAGUAAAGGGAAACCUCAGAUCUUCAGAACCAGUGCAGAGAAGAGCAACCAAGAUGAUUAGGGGACUGGCGGCUAAAACAUACAAUGAACACUUGCAGAAACUAGGCAUGGCUAGUAUAGUGAACAGGAGGACCAGGGGAGACAUGAUAGCAGUCUUCCAGUAUCUCAGGGGCUGCCACAGGGAGGAGGGGGUCGAACUAUUUCCCAAAGCAUCCGAAGGCCAGACAAGGAAUAAUGGGUGGAAACUGAUCAAGGAGAGAUUCAACCUAGAAAUCAAUUUUCUGACACAACAAUCAACCAAUGGAACGGAAGUUGUGGGAGCUUCAUCACUGGAGGCUUUCAAGAAGAGACCAGAUUUGCCAUCUGUCAGAAAUGGUGUAGGGUCUCCUGCUUGGGCAGGGGGUUGGACUAGAUGACCAACAAGGUCCCUUGGUCCAACUCUUAAUCCGUUAGAUUCAUUCAAUUCAAAGGAGCUUUGCUCUAUUCCAGCCCUGCUCUACCUCCAGGCCUAUUCCCUACACCCGCGCAUCGCCCCCCCCCCGUCCCCUACCAAAUACUCCGCCACUACGUCACUUCGGCUGACUUUUGAGCGUCUACAAAGAACAGGGCAUGCGCAGAAGGCCCAGAGGUUGGACAGAAGUGAGACGCUCUAGUCAAGAGCAAUAAAGCAUGAGGGAUAAUAGACUUGUGCCUCUCUAGGAAGCAAUCAUACCUCACCGAGUCUGCGGGAGGCCUGUCGAGCGCGGGAAGUUUUGGCGGGAGCGACUUGCAGCUGCUCUCCUCAGCCUGAGAGAACGGAGCCUCCUUCUCUCCCCUGAAACCGGGAAAGGGGCGGGGAGAGUGGGUGGGGAAGGGUCGGCCGUGAGCGAAGGCGGCCUCCGAGAGAGUUUCCCCCCGUUCGGGCUGCUCUGAAGCCGGAGACCGAAUGGAGGCCCAGGGGUCCGGCGAGGAACCCCGCAGCCCCGAGACCGAGCGCUGGCGCUUCCGCAGCUGCGUCUCCCGGGAGGCGGAGGGGCCCCGGGCGCUUUGCAGCCGCCUGUACGGGCUGUGCCGGGGGUGGCUGCGGCCCGAGCGGAGCAGCAAAGCCGAGAUGCUGGACCUGGUGGUGCUGGAGCAGCUGCUGGCCCUGCUGCCCCCGGAGCUGGCGGGCUGGCUGAGGGAGUGCGGGGCGGAGAGCUGCGCCCAGGCGGUGGCCCUGGCCGAAGGCUGCCUCCUCGGCCCCGCAGCCGCCCCGGAGCCCGGAAAGGGGCGGCAGUUGCAGGAGCCAUUUGUGGGUGAGAUCUCAGCAGAGCUUCAUGGAAGAGGGGAUCCAUCCAGUCCUAAAGAGGUUGCUUUCUCAAGGAUCCAAGUAGGGCCAACUUGCCAGGACUCUGAUCCCUUUGAGGAAGUGGCUGUGGACUUUACAGAAGAAGAGUGGUCUCUGCUGGAUUCUGGCCAGAAGGCCUUGUGCAGGGAAGUCAUGCUGGAGCUUUUCAAGAAUAUGGCUGCUCUGUCAGGUGAUGGCCUGGUGAAUGAGGAUGAAAAACAGCUGAGUGUACUGACAUUGCAAAGAGCAGUGUCUGCAAAGAGUCAUUCCUUCUCUUUUAUUUUAUCUAAAAUACUGAAUAGAAAAUACAAACCACAUACUUUUGCAAAAUAUGAGAGGAAUUUCCCUCUAAGCAAAAAGAUGAAACUAUGCAUGCAGUGUGGAAAGAGCUUCAGUACCAAAAGUAAUCAUUGCCAUUGGAGGAUCCACACAAGUGAGAGGCCAUAUAAAUAUCCAGAAUAUGGAAAAAGCUUUUGUCAGAAAACAGAGGUUAUUUGUCAAAAAAAGAUCCACACAGGAGAGAGACCAUAUAAAUGCAUGGAGUAUGGAAAGAGAUUUAUUGACAAUUGUCACCUUACUUUCCAUCAAUGGAUACACACCGGGGGAAAAUUGUAUAAAUGCAUGGAGUGUGGAAAAAGCUUUCGUUGGAACUCAGAACUUAUUCGUCAUAAGCGGAUCCACACUGGGGACAGACCAUAUAAAUGCAUAGAGUGUGGAAAGCACUUUACUCAGAAAAGACAUCUUAUUGUUCAUGAAAGGAUCCACACCGGGGAGAGACCAUACAACUGCAUGGACUGUGCAAAGCAAUUUACACAAAAAGGUCAUCUCAUAUAUCAUGAAAGAAUCCAUACAGGGGAGAAACCAUAUAAAUGCACAGAGUGUGGAAAAAGCUUUGCUCAAAAAGCACAACUUAAUACUCAUAAAAGAAUCCACAUAGGGGAGAGACUAUUUAAAUGCUUGGACUGUGGAAAAAGCUUUAAUUGGAUUAGAGGUCUAAUUCAUCAUGAAAGAACCCACACUGGGGAGAGACCAUAUAAAUGCACAGAGUGUGGAAAAAGCUUUGCUCAAAAAGCAUAUCUUAAUGCUCAUAAAAGGAUCCACACAGGGAAGAGACCAUAUAAAUGCCUGGAAUGUGGAAAGAGCUUUUUUGACAGUGGUGACCUUACUCGACAUCAAAUGAUCCAUACAGCAGACAAACCAUAUAAAUGCAUGGAGUGUGGAAAGAGCUUUAUUGACAAGUGGCGCCUUACUAUCCACCAAAGAAUUCACACGGGGGAAAGACCGUAUAAAUGCAUGGAGUGUGGAAAAAGCUUUUGUCGGAAUGCAGAAUUUAUUCAUCAUAAGAGAAUCCACACUGGGGAGAGACCAUAUAAAUGCAUGGAGUGUGAAAAAAGCUUUGCUUGGAAAGGACAUCUUAAUACUCAUAAAAGGAUCCAUACAGGGGAGAAGCCAUAUAAAUGCUUAGAGUGUGGAAAGACUUUUGUUCGGAAAGGAUGUCUUACUGGUCAUGAAAGAAUUCACACAGGGGAGAAACCAUAUAAAUGCACAGUGUGUGGAAAGUUGUUUGCUAGGUCAGGACACCUUUAUUCUCAUAAAAGGACCCACACAGGGGAAAGACCAUAUAAAUGCUUGGAGUGUGGAAAGAGCUUUAACUGGAACAGAGAUCUUAUUCGUCAUGAAAGAACCCACACUGGAGAGAGACCAUACAGGUGUAUGGAGUGUGGAAAGCAGUUUACUCAGAAAAGUGGCCUUAUUAAUCAUGAGAGAACCCAUACAGGUGAGAGACCAUAUAAAUGCACAGAAUGUGGAAAAGGCUUUACUCAAAGAGGACCACUUAAUUCUCAUAAAAGGAUUCACGUGGGGGAGAGGCCAUAUAAAUGUGUGUAGUGUGUAGAAAGCUUUAAUAGGUUUACGCAUGAAAGAAGGCACACAUGGGAAAAUCCAUAGUGCAUGGAGUGUGGAAAUAAUUUUACUGGGAAAGAACAUCUUGUCAUGAAAGGAUCCAUGGAGGAAGGAAGCCUUCUAAAUGAACAAAGUGGAAAAGCAUCCAGUAGAAACUUACUUACUUACUUACUUACUUACUUACUUACUUACUUACUUACUUACUUACUUACUUACUUAUUUAUUUAUUUAUUAAAUUUUUAUACCGCCCCCUCUCCCGAAGGACUCGGGGCGGUGAACAGCCAAAAUUAAAAACACACAAUGCAAAUAUUAAAAUACAUUAAAAAAAAUUAAAUUAUCUUUGGCUUCUCCAAUUUAAAACCCCUUGCCCAUAAAAUUCCCCAAUUAAAAGAUUUUUAACCCAGCCCGGCUGAACAUUAGAGGAUCCACACGGGAGAAAUCAUGUAAAUGCAGGGAGUGUGGAAACAGCUUUACUUUAGAAGGACGACAUAAUGCCCAUAGAAGAAACCAUAGAAAUACAUGGAGGUGCUUCAGAAUAAGCUUUUUGGUCCGAAAUACUGGAAUUCAUUCAGAAUAGCCAGGUGUUCCCUUUCCUAGUUUGACCUGCAUUUUUCUUCUCCCUGUGGAAAGAGGGAUGGAAAACGGGAGUUUUCAGUUUCCUCCCUAUUGCUGAUCACCAUCUUAUCUUUUCCAAUUGGAGGACUGAUGGCUUCCUUGACUUCCCUCUUAAUUUACCUAAAGACUGUAUGUCAGGGGUGUCAAGCCCGUGGCCCGGAUGCAUCACAUGCUGACCCCACCCCCUCCAGAUUUAGUGAAGGGGAAAAAAGUCCUGAUACAUCACAUGAUGCCGCCAUAAGGACAUGAGUUUAACACACCUGCUCUAUAUGAAACGGAAAUGGUAUACAUAUAUCAAAUUUGGAAAGCAAUUCAAUCUGCAGAGUUGUUUUAAUUUGCAAAACAUAAUGCUCAUUUUCUUUUCAUUCCUCUUAAGGUUUAGCUAAAGAAAUCUUGCCAUUUUUCUUUCUUAGAGGAGUGAGUUCAGCCUUAGAGAGGUAGCCUGUUUUUGAGCAGUUGCCAAAGCAAUUAUUCCUCACCACAUGAGCUUCCCAACACAUUUUGGGGAGGAAACUCCUUUUAUAGUCUUGGAACCUUAUUAAGAAACUUUUUAUUAUUAUUCAAUUUUUUAAAUUUUAUGUUAUUUAUACAUAUCAAUGUGUAAAUGGUGAUAUCUGAGUACCAUACCUUUUAAUAAAAGAUAUAUUAUUACUGACAAUUAUUACAUUUCAUUUUCAUUGUUCAUUGCACAUAUCCUUUGCUGCCACUCUUCAGUUCUAAACCUUCUUACUCUCAUAUAUCUUAAUAUAUUGGUACAUAUAUACUAUAGUUCUGCUCUUAUUUCUAUCUCUAUUUUAACUUUUUCCCCCUCCUGUCACUAUAAUAUUCAAAGACAUAAUAACAUUUCUGUUCCCUAUUACCACACAUAUUUAUCUUGUAGUACACUUUCAUUAUCUAAUCACCCAUUAUUUAAUUCUACCAAAUUUUUAUGCUUAUUUGAUACUAUCAUUCAAAUUCUAGUUUUCCAAUUAAAACUUGAUUCUUCUUCAUACCUCUGUUCAUGUUCUUUCCAAUCCUCCAAUCUGUAAAAUUCUACUAAUUAAUGCACAUGUUUACGUUAACAUAUUAUUUCAUUAUCUGAUCACCUAUUGUUUAAUUGUAGCAUUUCACUAUUAACUAUAUUUUUAUACAUAUUUAACUAACUACAUACAAAGUAAUUAUGCAAUUAUUAUAAUUCUAAUAUUAAUAUUCAUUAUUGAAAUACUUUCAUAUUUCAUGAAAGUAUCUUUUACUUUACUUUCCCUUUUUCCUUUAUCCAUCAUCUGCCUGCCUGCAUCCAAAUUUAAAAAUUUUUUGGGUUGCCUACCAUAUUCUUUUUUUCAGUCUUUUAUUUCAUCUAUGUUUGAGUCUAUUUUGACUAUGCAUUCUAGCUUUUUCCUCCCCUCUCUACUUUUCCCCACUAUCUUGUUUUAAAGCUGUCUGUUCUAAGAGCAGAAUACGACACUUUUAAGGUAUUUUCCUCCUGUUUUAAUUCCUUAAUCACUAUUGAUUUUAAUAAUGUCUCAUCUUCUUCUUGCUGGUUUCUUAGUUCUGCUUUCUCCUCCAUUUCUUCUGGUAGCUCCAUUCUUUCCUCAUUGUCCUGGUUUUUACACAUUGUUCCUUGUAUCGCAUUUUCCAAUUUUUGGUCUAUGCAAUCAAAUAUUUCCAUCAUCUCCUUAUGUUGUUCCUUUAUAAAAUCCUUAAUGUUUUGGUACAUCAGCUCCAUUCCAUUGUCUGUACUCACUUCCAUCUUGUGUUAUGUCUUUGCUUAAUAGAUCUCCUUUUAGGUCAAUUGUCCAGAAAUUGUUGAGCUUCCAAAUCAUAAUUAUAAGUGUCUCAUCAACAAGCAGUCAAUCCAAUUUAAAUGAACGAAGGAGUUGUCCACCCUUCUUCAAUCACUUUUAUAUAUUCAGAAAUGUUCAGGGAUCUCUUAGCCAAGAUUCUUAUUUAAUGACUAAAUCUCCAAUGGUUUUAAAGUAAAUGCUUGUAAUCGAGCAAAUAUAAAUGGUUAUUCCCGAAAUUUAGCAGCAGAUGGUGCUCUAGCUUCAACUUGCUACAGCCUCUGUUAACAAAUCUGAUUUUAGUUAUUUUAAAUUAUAAACCUAAUAAAUGGGCAGUAUUAAUAAAAAAAGAAUUUAAGAUCUAAUUCCAGCAUUUUAAACUGCCUUUUCAAUAUAGCGUCUUUUUACUUUGAGAGUUCAAUUUUCUUUUUAUUAUUUUUUAAAAUAUUUUUCUCUUCUUAAUUUCUCUGGUAUUUUUUCAAAGUGCUCAUUCGCUGCUAGCAAAUAGUUCUAAACAUAUAUUCCACUUGGAUUUCUUGGGGUCAGAUUGCAAAUAGAAGUAUUCUUUCACCCAGUUCACACACCACUCACUUUCUCCGCUCCAGCACUGUCUUAGGUAUUUAGAGUGCCCCUAGCUUCAUGGCAGACAUCUUUGCUGCCACUGCUCCCCAUCUUCAGAUGAGGGGGUUUUCCAAGUCAGGGAGGAGAAAUGAGGCUCUCCUCAACCUGCAAGGCGGUCCCCCUUUACUUUGCCACUCCUCCAAGGUGGCUAUGGCUCCUAAUGGAGCCCUCCGAUGAGAUCGGGACCACGGAGCACACAGACCACUGGAAGUACAACCCUAACCCUAACCCUUUUUAAAAAAGAAACUUUUAUUAAUAAAAGUUUUCUCCCCUUUUUUCAGUAAGGUCAAAGAAUUUGAAAAAAAUACAGUACAUUUUGUAAAUAAAAAUGGUGACAGUUCACAAAGAUUACUAGAGACAAAUAGAAAUAUAAAUUAUUUCCAUAGCAAGGAAAAUAAAGAAGGAAUGGUUAAAUUGAUUAUUUUAUUCAAAGGGGAAAAUAUGUUCUUAUUUGAAUAUCACUUGGAAUUUGUGUUCGUGAAGAAAAAAUAUGAAGCUGACCUUGGUGUUGAUUAGAAAUAUUUGUUGCUGUAGGAAUGGCUACUUAUAUAUUAAUGUGUAAAAGCAAAAAGUUGAGGUUGGAGUGUAUUUAUCUUGUACUGUGCUAAGAAGAGUUGGAAGUCAAUGCUCCCUUUUUCUUUUUCUCUUUCCCCUUAUACAGUACCUCACACCCCCUUUUCCCCCGCUGCUCCCCCCCUUAAUUUUCUAUUUCCUUUUCUUCUUUGUAUUUUAUAUAAUAAAAAUAAAAAAUUGGU